CAAUAUGACCGUGGAUGUGUUACUGCAGAUUGUUUAUAUAAUUUUCAUCAUUAGCAAUUAGAAAAGUAAAUAGCUUUGAAUUAUGUAAACACAUUUAUUUUCUAAUUGUAUUUCCAGCUCUUGAUAAAAUAUGAAAAUUUUGUUUUCAGGUACAACUAUGGAUCUGAGAUUGAGAUUGCCUGUGAGACUGUUGCCAUCUGUUUCUAUGCAAACAAAAAUUACCAUUAUUUCAGUAACAUUUGGACUGUCUCUUUUAGGAUUUGUUGCUAAUAUGCUUAAACGACGCAAAAGAAGCAGACCAAAAUCAUUAGAAAAUAUUAUCAACAAAUCCAGGAAUCAGAAUAUCUCUGCUAAUGGAGAAGUUAUAAGAGGUGGAACUAAUGUUGGUCCUCAUCGACAUAAUCGUCAAGGCUCUAUUUGUAGUGUUGAUCGUCAGUCUGUUCGUUCCUUAUUGACUGUCAACAUGCCUAUGGACCCUCUUGCAACUUCUGAACUAACACCUCAACAGUUAGGAACUAUGGGUAUGGAAGCUCUACAGACAGCUAUAGCUUACUGGGAAGAUGCUUUGAAGGCAUAUUCGGCUCCUCCUGAUGGUCCUUUAGCUUUGGCAGAUGCAGAAGAAGUAAACUUUACUCACAUGCUAGAAAAAAUUGUAGAGAAGGCCCUGGACUUACAAGAGAAUUGUGUCCACUUGUUCUUAGACAGCAACUCUGUUCUCUUCAAAUCUGAAACUCAGUCUGUUAUCUCGUCUCGUCAUGACAGAAUCACUGAACCAGAGAGACGAACUGUCACCAGCAUGUCUUCUGUUGAGAGCUUUGUUUCCGCCCAAGCCGAAAUAGCAGAUUUAGCAGAUUUUGAUGAAUAUGAGUCAAAUGUAGAUUUAAGGGAACUUACUUUAUACCAAACAGCUUUGAAGAAAAAUGAAGAAGGAGCGAUACCUAUACGCUUAUUGAGAACUGAAAUGGUGCGGUGUCAGUCUAAUAGAGAGUACAUUGCAAAAGUUCACUGCAUACGAGUUGCUUUUCAGUUAUUGUUUCAGAGGGAAGAAAUUCGCUCAUAUUUUAUUGAAGUGGGAAGUAGAAUACUGACAGGAUUGAUGCUUCGUGGAGAGAGAGAUCCUAAACUAAUCUUAGCAGCAUAUGAGAGCAUAAUAUCCUUCUCGAAGGACAAAAGAAACUGGCCAAAAAUGGAAGAUGAACUGCAAGAACGAGGAGUGAAAUGUUUAUCAUUCUAUGAUGUAGUGUUAGACUUCAUUGUUCUAGAUGCAUUUGAAGAUUUGGAAAAUCCACCAUCAUCUGUAACUGCCGUUGUACAGAAUCGGUGGUUGUCAAAUGGAUUCAAAGAAACAGCAUUGUCUACAGCUGUUUGGUCUGUUUUGAAAGCAAAAUCAAGAAUGUUGAAAUAUCCUGAUGGUUUCAUCAGCCAUUUUUAUCAAGUAUCAGAACACCUCAUUCCAGUUCUCGCUUGGGGCUUUUAUGGACCUGAUGAUACUUUAAAAGACAUAUGUUUAUAUUUUAAGGAAGAAGUUAUGGGCUUCAUGUUUGACAUUUUCAGCUUCAACAAAGUCCGUUUUACUAGAAUUGAAGAUCUUGCUUCUGAUAUCAUGCAGCUUGCAAACUUAAGAUUUGAUAGGACAAUAGAAAGAUUAUACAACUGAAAUGUAUUACUGUUUCUUUUUCUUAAUUUAUUGAAUGAAAACAAAAUUUACUAUUCAUUUUUAUAUUGUUGAUAAUUUAUAAAUUAUUUUUUCUGGUUGCUUUAAUAUGAGAUGCAAGAAAUUAGUGUCAGUUUUUAUUACUUCUGCCAACGAAUUUUUAAAAACAUGAAUCUUUUUAUUUCUGGCUCAAAAUAGCCAAAACUGUUAAAAUUUGUCAAUUCUUUAUUUUUCUUUUUAAAGUUAUUUUUUGUUUUUGUGAUAACUCAUAGGAUCAUUGAGUGAAUUAUUUGCAUAUAUAUUUAUACAAUGUCAUUAUGUGAAUAAGAAUCUGAAAUGUUUUCAAGCAUUUUGUUUUAGUGUCUUUAUAUUAUCUGUUAAUGUUGGUGAAGUGUGCUGCUUGUUGAAAUUACAGGAUGAUCCAAAAGCCAUUGACAAAUUUUAGGAAUGAAAUCAGCUUAAAUCAAGUCUGCACAAGUAAGUUCAUUUUUAUAGAAACACUGUACAGCCAUUACAGAGUUUUUUAAUAAAUGGAAGAAUAAAUAUAAUAAAAUAAAGAGUUCAGCACAGGUUUAUUAGACACAGCAACUAUAAUUCUUUAUUAUAGUAUUAAAACAGAAAUAUUUAUGAGUUUCUCUUUUGCAAUUGUAUUACAAUUAUUUCCUUUUGCAAUUAUGUGUAAAAUCAUAUUUAUAUAUAACAAGAUUAUGAGGUUCUCCAGAGUACAUUCCACACCUUGAAAAUUCUUAUUUGAAUAAUCUUAUCUUGUUAUCUGCAUAGUUAAAGAUCUUCAUUCUUUAACUAUUCCAUUUGCUUUUGUAGUGUCAUAUAUUCCUGUGCUAUAAUUUUGCUUUGUGCGCUUGACAUUCUUAAGGUUUAUAUAAAGACUUUUUAUCUCUUGAUUGCAUAUUGAUAACAGAAAAUGUUAUACCUUUUAAAAUGUGCAAUCUUUUUUUAAGGAAAAAAAAAGAAGGAAGUUUGGGUUUAAAGUUGUUUAAUUUUUAUGAAAACUCAAAUAAACUGCUUAAAUACCUCUUAUACACUGUGUACUAAUUUCACCAUUGUGAAUGUUUGAUGUGAUAUUCUGGAAUCUUAUAUGUGCGACUGAAAGUAAUAUUGUUUCUUACUAAAAUUGAUAAUAUUUAAAUUAGUAUUUUCAGUAAAAAUUUUUAUCUUUCAAUUUAUAUUUAUUUAAAAUAUUAAUUAUCAAAUAGUUCAUCGUGAGAUAAUAAUAUUUUUAUGCUUUCAUUUUCUUGCGGUUCAUGUAUAAAUAUGUGCCAUCUUAGCAUGAUUUCUUAAUUUUUUUUUCAGCCACUUAUUUAUAUCUUCAAUAACUACUUAAAAAGUCUUUCUUUGUUAAUUACACAAAAUUAUACUAUUAUUUCAUAUUAUUACAAUCACUAUAGUAAAAAUUAUAUUACAUUUUUAAAAAAAUAGUUUGUUAUUUUUGGCUUUGAUCAAAACAUAUUUUUAAUUCUGUUCGAACAGUUUAAGGGAAAAUGAACUUUUUCUUGAAGGCUAUGGUGGUCAAAGGUUUUUAAAAAUAUUUCUCAUAUCAAUAAAAGGUUUUUCUUACUUUGUACUACUAUGUGUUUCUUAUACAACAUUCUUUAUUUAUUAAUUUUGGAUUUAAUAUAUCUUCAUCUGAUAUUUUGUGGAAUAAUCAUUGUGGUGCUGCUUUAACAUGAAUGUUGUGAUUUGUUUAAUUAUGCAAUUUGUGCUGAAAUAAUUCAGCACCAUAUACAUACUUAAGGCUGCUUUGUGGUAUUGAUGUUCUUUGUUGGUGCUUAAGUCCCUUUGUGCAGAUCUUCAGAUGACGAAAGUUGUUGGUGUCUCCCAUUUAAUAUCAAUACUUGUUAUCCUGAAAAGUUUUUUCAGGAUAAUAAUUACUUGUUUAAAGUUAAUCCUUUAAAUAAAUAUGAGAAAAAAGUAUUGUUAUUGUAAUUUUGUGAAUCUAUUUCGUACUGAUGUCUUGAUCCUUGAAUGUUACGGAAUAAGCUAUAUAUGUGUAUUUGCAUCUGUUUUCUAACUGUUGUCACUGAAAUUCGUGUUAAGAAGAUUGGAUGUUAUCAUUCUACUUGUAGUUAUAGAUGUUUGUUAGUGAUUAAUUUAUAUUAUUUGGAUCUCAUUUUAUGUUUUUUAUUGUAUUUUCCUGUUUGUUACCAUAAAGUUUUUCAUAAAUCCUUACUAAUGCUGCAUCUAUGAAC